AUGCUAGCUGCUCACUCAAAGAUCUCUGGCUUGCGCUCGUCCUCUUUGCCACUUUUUUCUUCUUUGGUGCAAAGGAAAAGAAAAGACGACAAAACCACUUUGUUAAAACUCUUGUCAGCGCAAGUUGGUGGCGAGCGCUCUUUUGAGCCGAGGAUUGUCAGUGAUGGCGACGUAAGGUCUUCCUGCGACUAGUGCGUUGCUUCCGCAGCGGCAGUGUCCUUUCUUUUCUGCAUGCUCAACUCUCGGACGCUCAAAGUUUUCCAACUCCUUUCUUUUCCAGGCAAGUGAUCUUCGGUUUUGGAGAUAUGAGUCUACGUGCUGCUUGAGCGCUUCGAAAGGAUGAUAGAAAUAGAGCCGGCUGCACCGAGUCGGCUCACUCCCAUUGGAAAUAUCUAUCGAUCCACUUACAGAAGGACGAGCUCGAGCAACGAUGUUUCUAGAUCGGACAAGCGCAAGGCCACUGAGUCCCGACUUUCAGGUGAAAUGCAGCGUAGCGUCAGCUUGGAUCCCUCGCCAUCUCGCAGGAAGUCGAGCCCCUCCAGGAGCGACGAUGUUUCUACUAUGACCAUUGAGUUCCUUAGAGCUCGGCUUUUGGCGGAGCGCUCGACAGCAAAAUCAGCCAAGCUGAGGAUAGAAGAGCUCGAAAACAAGGUCUUACAACUAGAGCGCAGCCUGGAACUAGAGAUUGAGAAGCGGAAGCAUGCCGAGGCGGCAUUGCAGGAAUCGCUGGAGAAAAUGCUCGACUCCUCGAGUGCAAGUGGCGGGACAAGCACUGACUCCGAGCUUGAGUCAUUUAGCAGAGCAGCGGAUGAUGACGACGGCAAGUACUCGGACUCGUACUUGGAGUUAGAAGAUACGAGUGGUGUGCUGAAUGGCGAUGGUGCCAAGUUCUCCACAGAAGAUAGACCGCCAGCUGCAUGCGAAGGGAACGACGACGACGAAGAAGAACAACAACAACAACAACAAAGAGGAGGAGGAGAAGAAGAGGAAGGCACUGUGGAGGAAUUUUCAUCGGCAGUGGAGCCAAGUUCGCCGAAGACGUUAGAGACUCAUCACAACAUACACUCGGACUCGGACUGGGCUACGGACAACGAGACUGAUGUCAAGCAGCGGAGCUUGUCAACCGCGGCUGCUCAAGGUGACACUGAGUUUGACAGUGAUAGCGAUGGAUUUAGUAUCUCGUUGCCGAGCCAGCUACACUUGGGACAACUGGAACUCCCGGGGAAGAUUGGAAGGUCUCUCCGCUCGUUGAGCACGCCAAGGACUGGAAACGAAUGGAUGCGCCAUGUUGCUGACAUGCUCGAAAAGGAAGACACAGAAAACGUUGAUCAGGCUCCACAGUUUCAGGCUUGUAACCAUACACAAGGCGAAGACGAUCACGAUUCUACUAGCCCCGGUGUCUCUUAUGUAAGCUUUUCCAAGUACCUGGGCGUGGCCAACAUAAUCGAGAACGAAACAACGUCAAAGGUUGCAGCAGAAGACGAGGCAACCUCACUCCAGGCGAGCCAAGGCAAAGACACGCAAGCUCAAGAACAAGUGAAUCCAGGAGACACUGGCAACGAACCUGGUCUGGUUGCAAUGCAACCGGAGACAACGAGCUCCACUAAAGCGAGCGAAAACCCGGCGACAAGCAAGCUCUCGAGCAUCAGCCUACGAGACAAAGUUUUCAACAGCGAGGAGGAGCGAGUGGAUGAGAUAUUUCGCGCAUUGCGAGCUGCCAAGGCACAACUCAGGAUUUCAAUCCAGCGAAGACAGGUGAUAGAGAAGCAGCUCUUCAGUUCUAGCUAGGCUAAGACUUUUGCGGAUGAGAAAGAAAGCUAGUACUUCUCUUGUGAAUACACACUAUAAGGGUGAAAGGUUUGAUAUCCUAUAGUAGAAA